AAAAUGAUUGUGACCGAUUAUUACCGCUCCUCUUUGUUUUGACACUUGUCAGUUGUCAAAAGCACAAAUGAGUCAUAGACGAAUUUGGUAAAUAAAUCAACUUUUCGCCUGUCUUUUGUGGUCGUUUGUAGCCCCCUUGCCCCAAAAUGGAGUGGCUGUUCGGUAAACGCUUAACCCCUGAGGAAAUGCUGCGGAAAAAUCAGCGAGCCCUCAACAAAGCAAUGCGCGACUUGGACCGAGAAAAAAUGAAGAUGGAACAACAGGAGAAAAAAGUCAUAAACGAUAUUAAAAAGUUGGCAAAAGAGGGCCAAAUGGACGCAGUCAAAAUCAUGGCCCGCGACUUGGUGCGUACUAGACGCUACGUUAAGAAGUUUAUGCUCAUGAAAGCCAACAUCCAAGCCGUCUCUCUCAAAAUCCAGACGCUCAGGUCGCAAAAUGCCAUGGCUCAGGCCAUGAAGGGGGUCACCAAAGCCAUGCAGAGCAUGAACCGGCAGCUAAACCUGCCCCAGAUUCAGCGAAUUUUGCAAGAGUUUGAAAAACAGUCGGAGAUUAUGGACAUGAAGGAGGAGAUCAUGAAUGAUGCGAUUGAUGACGCCAUGGAAGAUGAUGCAGAUGAGGAGGAGAGUGAUGCCGUUGUCAAUCAAGUUCUUGAUGAAUUAGGCUUGCAACUGAACGAUCAAUUGUCAGGGUUGCCCCAAACUGGGGGCUCACUUCCCGCUACCGGCCAGAAACAACCAGCAGCCGCUGCAGCUGCGGCGGGCGGGAACGGCGGAGUUUCGGAUGCUGAUGCAGACUUGCAAGCAAGAUUAGAUAACUUGAGGAGGGAAUAAGAUGUGUUUAAUCCCUGCCUAUUCCACUCACUUAAUUCUUUUCUACCAUUUGUUGUAUUUGUUGCAAAUGUAAGUAGCCCGUAAAUGCGGCAAAUAAAAAGCAACUGUUUAUAAAUACUAGUAAUAUAAGCUUCUAAAAUGUUAAGUGCUUAACUGCAAAUAAAGUUGUAUAUUUUUUAAAUA